AGCCCAUAGUCAGCUGUGAAUGACGGCUCAGGGUCCUAAUGACGGAUAAUUAGUAAUUAGUGCGAAAAUUAGCGCUAUAAUGAGGGGGGCGCCCGGCGUGGGGCUAGUGCCUGCUGCGGACGUGCCGAGCCGUGGUGUUCGCAGUCAUAGUAUUAACUCCUUCCUGCAUAAUGUCCGGAGUUCCGACCACGUGGGACACCGUGUGAUAGACCACGUGAGACGCCGGUGUGUCUCACAUCGCCUCACAUCUCAACUAGGAAGGAUAGUGCACCCAGGCACCGCUCCACAUACCGAAGCAGAGACGGGCACCCCAACCUGAAGGAGAGGGAUCAGCACAAGGAUGGACAAAAGGAUCCUGGAAGGCUUUGCAGCAGAAUUCCUGAUCAGGCUGCUUCUUCUCGGGAUAUUUCUGAUAACAGAAAUGAUGUAUCCUUUCCAGCGAGUUAUACAGCCCGAAGAGAUGUGGCUGUACAGAAAUCCCUAUGUGACGUCCGACCGGGUGCCCACCAACAGCAUGUUUCUGAUUUCUAUUAUGGCCCCGGUUUCCGUUGUGCUUCUGGCACGUCUCUGCCGCCGAGCCGAUCUCAAUGAUUCAAGGGAAGCCAUAUUUGCUGCCAGCCUCUCGCUUGGUCUGAAUGGCAUCUUCACCAAUACAAUAAAACUUAUAGUUGGAAGGCCUCGUCCAGACUUCUUGUACCGCUGUUUUCCUGAUGGUCGAGAGUUACCAGGGCUCGAAUGUACUGGAGAUCCAGAAGUGGUGAUUGAAGGAAGGAAGAGCUUUCCCAGUGGCCAUUCCUCAUUCGCCUUUGCAGGACUGGGCUUCACAGCGCUGUAUAUAGCCGGUAAGCUUGGAAGCUUUUCCCCCGGUGGUCGUGGACAUUCCUGGAGAUUGUGCAGCUUCCUGUUUCCGCUGCUGUGUGCUGCCUCCAUUGCUCUGUCCCGGACCUGUGACUACAAGCACCACUGGCAGGAUGUGGUGGUCGGCGCCAUGAUCGGAUUCUUCUUUGCUUACCUCUGCUACAGGCAGUAUUACCCUCCUUUAACAGACAGAGACUGUCACCAGCCUUACAGGAACAAGGGCCGCGUCUCCGGGGCUCAGGAGAGGAAGCUGAGCACGCCAGGGUACAGCCUGGACGUAUAGGUCCACCAUGACUGUGGAGGAGACUUUACAUUCCUUAUUUAUUGACUCUCAUUUGCUCCUGAUGGAGGGCACCGCAGCAGCAUCUUAGAAGUGACUGCGGCUUUCUCAGGAGCAAAUCUGUGAUUUAUUUUUAUUUUUUUCUAUUUGUAUUUUUUAUAAUAACGGUGGGUUUACACGUAAUCUUGCUCUGUGGUGCACUUGAAGGAACCGCCCUGUUGCACCGCACGGCUAUAGUUAACACUUGAUCAUUACAACGGCUUCUACAUCGAGGUAGGUGGUUGCAGAAAUCUGGCGUUCCAUGGUUAGUAAACCAUGCGCAGGGAUCGCACCGUCCUGUGAUUCAUUAGGCUGGGAUCAAGCAUUGCUGGAUUAAGGCUCUGUUCACACUCUCGUCAGGAUGUUCUGCCGGGUCGAUUGCGUCAGGAACACCACUGCCUGUUGGGGGAGUGUGAGACAAAUGGUUCUGGAGGAACUUUAGACACCCUCAUUCUGUAAGCCCUAGUAUGAGAUCUUGUCACCUAGCUUUUUUUUAUUUUUUUAUACAGAUCUAUAAAAUGGGGUUUCUACGGAGCCCCCAUAUUCCAGUGAGAAAGCAAUGUAUCUCAGUAUAUUGCUUUCUCGAGGGCAAUUAGCUGUGGCCCUGCAAAGACACCCGGGGGAGGAGGUACCCUGGAUCAAGCACAACUAAUAAGUGUUAGCCCAUAGGUAGGGCUGCUACCACCCUGCCUGUCUGUCCAGGGGCAUUGGCUCCCGUGCAGGGGCACAUUGCUCUCUUCUUCCUGUGAAAACGGGGCAUGAAGCCCUUUAUACUUGCCAAAUGAAGGACCCUUCAAGGUGAUUGGGGGCAGGGUUGGUUUCCUGACUUGAGCCCCCCCUUUCAAGAGCUGCUACCACUCUCUGGUGUGUAAUGUCUUUUUUUAAUCAUGUUAUUAAGAGCCAUACAGGAUUGUAAUUCCGUUUUUAAAAUUUUAUCAUUGAAAUGUUUCCUAUU